UCCUUUAAACUCCUAGGAUUUCUUGACGUUAAAAGCGUCCCAUGUGCACGAGAAUCGGUGCUUUAUGGCUCCGUGGGAUCUUUAGUUGUGGGUCUUGGACAUUUUUUAGCAACUAGUAGAGUUAGAAGAUCUUGUGACUUUGCAGUCGGUGGCUUUAUUUGCACAAUGUUAGGAUACUGGUUUUACUGCAGGUACAAUUUGGCCCAACACAGGAUCCGGCAAAGAAUGCUUAAAGAAGGAAUGAGAAACAAAAUUUUAUUUGAAGGCAGUUCUCUUGAUCCAGAAAGAAAACAAACUGGCAAUGAAAGCAGCGAUUCAUAGUCUGCUAUAGAGGAGUCUGUGGUCUAAUACAGCUUUGGGAGAAGGUGGUCCAAAAAUGGCAGUCUUCCCUGUAAAUGUGUGAGGUGCCUAAAACUGAUAAAUCAUGCUGGUUUUCCUAGCAAAUCCAAGCAAGAAAAUCAUGGUGAAUCUGUCAAGUCAGUAUACAAGCCUUUCUUUGUUUCAUAUAUGUAUGUGUGUGUGUAUAUGACUAUGUACACAGUUAGGAAUGACCUCCUGUUAAACAUCUGGGAACUGAUGUGUUCUGUUACAGGGACUUGGAGGAUUAAUGACAGUGUUUUGGGACUGCUUUAACUUCCAUUAUAAACAGAAGGUUUGUUUUAGCAAAGUUGUAAUGACAUCUCAUUUAAAUACAGGAAAAUAUUUUCAUCA